CUCAGGGACAGUCCCAUCCCUUCCGGGUUUGGCCCCGCCCCUUCCGGCACUGGCUCCUCCCCCUCGGCCGGUCGGUGACGGUAUGUGGCGAUCACAGUAAAAAAUAGAGAGGGAAGUAUCUCCGGGGUUUUGGAGAGACCCUUCAGCCAAGCAUAACAUUGCACAAAAGGCACUGGAUGAUCAUAGCUGAACAAUGUCUGGACUACGUGGAGCUGUCCAUGCAAAAUGGAUAAUAGGGAAAGUAAUUGGAACCAAAAUGCACAAAACUGCCAAAGUGAGAGUGACAAGGCUUGUGCUGGAUCCUUAUUUACUCAAGUUCUUUAACAAGCGAAAAACUUAUUUCGCUCAUGAUCCAUUGCAGAGUUGUGCCGUCGGAGACAUUGUUCUUCUAAAAGCUUUGCCUGAGCGGAGGACCAAAAAUGUGAAACAUGAACUGGCUGAGAUUGUUUUCAAGGUUGGAAAUGUCAUAGACCCAGUGACUGGAAAGGCCUGCGCAGGAACCAGGUUCCUGGAAAGUCUAACAGACUCAGAAAGUCUAACUGAGGCAGACACCACCUAUCUAAGUGAAAAGCUCCAAGAACUAAAUGUUUCCUCAACAGAGAAAUAAAGGGUGGGAAGAGGCCAAUAAACCGAGGGCUUUACCUCUCAUCUUUACAUGAGGAAUUGGUUGUGUCCAUUGUCUUAGGAUGUAAAAUCUUUCUAGUGUUAGUAACAAUAAAUAAUAAACUGAAUUACUUCCAACACCAAAAUGACAGAGAUAUUUUAAAAUUGGGGAAUUUAUCAAUUAGAAAUAAUGUGGAAAAAAACUUAAAUCACAGUUAAGCUGCGUUCUCAAUGUUUUAUUUUCUUAACACACAGUUUUGCCCUAUCUUUAGCAAGAAUGUCAAAAUUACCACCUCAGUCACAAAAUUAAGAAUGGUUCUUCUUUAUUAAGAUGUUUAAGAGAAUAAAUCUAUAUAUAGUUUAAUAUGCAGGGGAGGAUGUUUUUCCCAUGUUUGACUGUCUGAACCCUGGAACUGAAUCUGUUGAGUUUUGUAGCCUUAUAUUUAAAGUAACACAAUUAAAACUUUUUAAAAAUA